GGUCGCUGCGCUCAUUGUCGUCGCGACCAUGGCAGGCUUCCACGAUCUGAACGUGCCGUGGACGAAGGACACAAAGGAGCUGCAGCGCACCGUCGCAUUUCUCGACGAAUUAGGAUACGACGUGGUGGCCCUCACCUACACAUACCCGGCAGGACGCCUGCCCGCCGAUCUAGCCUCUCCCGUCCCGCACCCCCUCCCCUUUCCCACGCCAUCGCGCCUCCGCCUGCUACGGCGCUGCAACAUCUUCCUCACCGACUCCGCCUCCAACUUCCGCAUCCCGCAGCUGCAGCAGCACUACGACCUGAUUGCCGCGCGCCCAACGGACGAGCGCACCCUGCAGCAAGCAUGCCAGAGUCUGGACGUCGACAUCAUCUCCCUGGACCUGACGCAGAAGUUCGAGAAGCACUUCAAGUACCCCAUGCUCGGCACCGCCGUGUCGCGCGGCAUUAAGAUCGAACUCUGCUACAGCCAGGCCAUUCUGUCCAGCGAUCCCACCGCCAAGCGGAAUCUGAUCAGCAAUGCCGUGCAGCUCAUUCGCGUCACGCGAGGACGCGGACUGAUGUUCAGUUCGGAAGCGAAAAGCGUGCUCGGCGUGAGAGCACCGAGCGACGUCAUUAACCUUGCGUCUGUAUGGGGGCUCGGUGCGGAAAGGGGGAAAGAUGGUCUCACGAAGGAACCUCGUAGCGUAGUCGAAUUCGCGAGGCUGAAGCGGCAGAGCUUCAAGGGAAUUGUGGAUGUCGUCUAUGGGGGAGAGAAACCUCCAGCGCCAGAAGUAGAGAAGGAGAAACAGACGCCAAAAGACCAGACGAACCCACUGAAGGAUCAGAAACGCAAAGCGCGAGAGAGCAUGGAGGGCACGCCGGUCAGCCAGUCUGGUGAAGAAAAGCCCAUCUCCAAGCGGCAGAUGAAGCGGAACAAGAAGGCGAAGACAGGGGCAGAACAGUAGAGCGCAGGCAAUCAUCGGGUUGAUAGCGCAAAAAGACGGUCGAGGAAGUUCGUGAUACCCAGAAUAACUACGUCAACAGCUUAC